AUGCCUGAGGAGACCCAAGAAGACACCAUGGUGCAGAGGAUGCCAAACCGGAGCGGCAGGGGGCCACUGGCCCCCAACCACGUGCAGGAGGUGCACCUGCAUCAAGUGGAGUCCAUCAGUGACCUACACAGUGGAGGCUUGCUGCACCCCUAUCUGACUGAAGAGGCACGACCAUGGGAUGAGCUCCUGGGUGUUUUGCCACCGUCACUGUGUGCCCAGGCCAGCUGCAGCCCUGUGUAUAGCAGGGGGGGCUUCCUGCUGCUGCUCACGCUGCUGGUGCUCACUUGCCUGGCACUCGCCAUCCUGGCCGUCUACCUGAGUGUGCUGCAGAGUGAAUCCCUGCGCAUCCUGGCACACACACUGCACACCCAGGAGGAGACGCUACUCAAACUUCGCCUGGCCAGCCUCAGUCAGCUGCGGAGGCUCAACUCCAGUGAGGCCCAAGCACCCAGCUGA